AUGACGCGGGCAGCCGCGGGUGUCUCCAUCCCCCUGUCCUGUCCCCCCGUCCCUCUCCUGGAGCUUCAAAAGCAGGAGGUCCCACGCAGUGUGUUUGAAGAGGCCAGCCACUCUCCCCUAUGGGUGGUGCACUGGCAGAUGCUCCAACCACACGCCUCCACCUCAUCUGCUCUUGUGUGCGUGCUCAUUGGCUUCACCUUACACAGUACCAAGUGUGGAGUUAUGGAGUCUCCCUCCACAUCAGCCUGUCUGAGCGCAGGAAACAGCCAGUGCAGGUCCCUGGGCGGAGUGAGGCUGAGCUGGGCUGGCCGGUGCACGCUGAGAGCCAGAAGGUAUGGGGUCUCAUUAGAGGAGCGGAGGCCGGCCCGGGACGAGCUUUACCUGCACCGGCAUUAUUCUAUGCACACUGUCAGGAGGAUCGCCGCUGAGGUCGCACCUGUGUGUCAGGUUCACAGCCUCAUUUGA